CUGCCUCAGCGAGGGAAUAGCUCUCUCUUAUAUUGACUCCGCAUUUCUUCCCUCACUCAUCACCUCUCCCACUCUCCCACUUCCCUCACAAUGGCCGACAAAGAUCUCUCCCUAACUACCUCCGCUCCGACACCGUCCGUCUCUCCCUCGGCCCAUUUCUACCCUUUCGCUACCUCCCCAGACAUCAUUCGGUCGCAUGAAAAGGAUGUUUUCAUGACAGGGAGCUUGACAAGCCAAGCCCAUUCAAUUGUUCGCUCUCUCCGCGGAGCUCGCUAUGCACACACCCACUCCGAUGCCAUCAAACACCUAACCGAGAUCCUCUACUUUGCCUUGACCACCUUCAUCGGAAACCGAACCCUAGGAGAAGAAUACUGCGACCUGGUCCAACUAGAAGAUGACACCCUCCAACUUCCUUCUCUCCCAAGGCGAGCUGGGUAUAUCCUCAGCAGUAUUCUGCUGCCCUGGACGCUGCAGCGUAUUCUCCCCGCUUUCCGACAACGACUGCGAUCGAAGCUGGAACGCAGUAUCGCUCGACAACAAUUCAAAGCAUCUCAAGCCAAGAAAACAGCAGUAGAGCAAGCCAAGGACAACAAGUCGUCUAAGAAACCAUCUUUUUUCACGAAACUCCGGAUCCAAAAAUACAUCCUCGAGCAUCUGGACUCCAUCACGUCGCUGUCACCCAUAUACGCCGUUAGCAUCGCAACGUUCUAUUUCACGGGCGCUUACUAUCAUCUCUCAAAGCGGUUCUCGGGCCUGCGGUAUGUCUUCACGAAGAAGGUAGAGGAGGGUGAACAACGGGUUGGUUAUGAGGUCCUGGGUGUGCUGCUUGUCUUGCAGAUCGCUGUACAAGGCAUCCUGCAUAUCAAGAAGGUUGGGACCGACCUAGAACAGGGGAAUGAAGAUAGUGGACUUGAAGCAGAGGGUGGCAUGAAACUGUAUGGAAGUUCCCUGAUACCGUCUCUCGAAAACCCCUCCUCGCUUCCUCUCCUUCCGGCUUCUGCUGCCCGGUACGAUUUCUCAGAAGACUCCCAUGCGAUCCCCUGGAUCCCUGAAGGACAGCAGCGCAAAUGUACGCUCUGUCUGGAGUUGUUCAAAGAUCCGAGUGUCACGACCUGUGGACAUGUCUUUUGUUGGACGUGUGUGCGGGACUGGGUACGGGAGAAGCCGGAGUGCCCGCUUUGUCGACAGGAGGUGCUCUUGUCGAAAGUGCUGCCCUUGAGAGGAUGAUUUUGAUGGUUUUAUGACUUUACAGCGCUGUUUAUAUACAUGACUGACUGUAUCAUGCUUUCUUGUCUAUAAUUAUA